AUGGGCCUCCGCCCAGCCCUCUACAAAUCCCAAUCACCACCCAUCAACGACUUCAACUUCAAGUCCCUCUGCCACAACACCGAAUCCCAUUGUGUCUUCGCCCACAUUCGCGCCAGCAGCGGCAGCGUCGUAACGCAAGUAAACUCGCACCCCUUUGUCUUCGGCCGCCACGUCUUCAUGCACAACGGCGUAAUCUCAAACUUCUCCGCCAUCCGCCGCGAAAUGACGGACCUGCUCUCCUUCGACGCCUACUGCAAUAUCCUCGGGAGCACAGACUCCGAGCACGCUGCCGCCCUCUACAUGACGAACCUAACCAACGGUGGCGCCGCCUCAACAUGGGAGGAGUCCUACCCUCUUGAUCAAAUGUUCGCCGCCAUGUGCAAAACCGUCAUCCAAAUCCUCACCCUGCAAGCCACCAAGCUCAAGCCCACCGAAAACACACCAAACUCGCUCAACUUCUGCACCACCGACGGCUCCAGGAUGCUGGCUAUUCGCUUCCGUAAUCACGCUACGCAGCAGCCACCUUCGCUCUACUGGUCCGAGUUUGCGGGCACCACAUUGAACACUAAAUAUCCUGGACUGCCAGACUCGUUGACAGCUGUGAAUCCCGAGGUUAUUGCGCAGGCGGACCAGAUGGGUAAGCAUACGAUUGUUGCAAGUGAGCCGACGACGUAUGAUGAGAAGGAGUGGCAUCUGAUUGGGAAGAAUUGCGCGCUUAUGGUGGGUGAGGAUGGUAUGGAGCAUGAGGUGCAGAUUGAGUAUGAUCAAGCAUUGAAUGCUAAGGAUCCGAAGUUUGACGCCGAGACCUGA